AUGACAGCUCCCUCCUCUUUGUUGAUAUGGAACGCCAAAUACCCUAGAAACAACAUUCACUUCUGGUCUGGUUGCUUCCACGGUCCAUCAAUGCCGAGCGCCGAAGGCCGUGCCCAUGGAUUCAACACUGCGCCAAUCCCCGAACACUCCGAACCGCGCAACCCUCAAAGAGUUGCUCAGAUCGCGCCAACGGAGCCGCAACGGCGUACGCGGAAACCCCAGGUCGUGUCUGCCGUGCCGAGAGCGAAAGACUUGUGCGAUUACGAGAGUUCCCCCCGACAAUCGCUGGGCACACUGCGCUCGACGGCACAGUCUGCAGGCAGAACGCGCGUGACUAGUCGGACCCCAGACCUGUCCCGUGAGUGCAGAGGUGCGGAUGCGGCCAUAAUCGACCAGAACAAGGGCCAGGCAGGAGAGCUUCACCUCCCUAGUCCUUCAGUGCACGUCACCGCAAAUGCGGACGCAGUGUCUUCGUCGAGGAAUGCAUCCACCACUCGCGACACCAGCGACGGUCUGUUCUUGGCCGACACGUCCGUAGUUAACAUGGUUCGACGGCGUUCAAUCCGAUCGAGAGAUGAUCCAGCACGGCAAUCCGCUUUCGAAACAGGCAUUCUACCUCUCCUUGGUGUCAGCAAAGAUGACAAUGCGUCGAUAUUAUCGAGUUGUCCCGAGCCACUCGAGGACUACCGUUGGCUAUCCCUGCUUCAUGCCAUCCUAGCUGCUGGUGCUCAAUUCUCCGAUAUGGACUUGCAGCAGCGGACUAUCGUCACACAACGACACACUAAACAAGCAUUCGAUCUGCUUCGAUCAACAGAUUACCUUGCCCGGCCAUCGAAAGAAGCUGUUCAAACCCUGCUCUUGUUAGGAAAUGUGCUCCAAAAUGACAUGAAGCCUCAGGCAGCCUGGGUUCUUGGUGGCACGACCAUAAGACUUGCGCAAUGCCUCGGUCUUCAUAGAAAGACCAACAGUCAGCCCCCGUCUUCAAUGUCUGAUAGAGAUGCAAAGAACCUGAGGCUGGCAAUCGUCUGGCAAGAUUCUUUGCUAGCGCUCACUUUCGGUCGUCCUCCAGCAUCUUACGAGUUCGACUUCAUAGGUGAUUUGGCACCCCUUGCUGACCAAAACGGCGAUGGUCUUUCGUAUCUUGAAGCCAUGAACUGGCUCUGCCACUUCACGCUGCCUCAUCUGGCUUCACGAUCGAGUUCAUCAGUCCAACCAUUUUCAAUACUCAACGAUAUCAACUCCAUCGAGUCUUUUUUGGCACCACAUCUGGUCGACCUGAAAACAAGCACAUCAAUCUCUCAUAUUCAAGAACACUAUGCCUUUGAACUUCACCGGCACUUUGUCAUUUCCACUCUUUGCCGACCGUAUAUAUCCAGCAGCAGGUCGUCAAAUUUGAAAGAGCAAGACAGGCUGCAUGUUCUAGGGCAGUUUCAGGAAUCCCUUAGACGAAGUGUACGAGCUUACGUGCGCCUGAGGUCGAUCGCGGGACACGCGAGACGCUCUUGGGCCUUCAUUCACAACGGACUAACAUCGAUUUUGCUUCUGAGCCUCAUGAGAGAAACGAGGUACUUGCCAGAAACGCGGUUCCUUCAAGACGAGCUUAUCGCCAGUCUUUCCGAUGAGAAAAGCAAUGCAGGCUCGGCUGCUAUCCCACUUUCCGCUGGUCACCUUUCGGGAACUCUCCAGAAAGCACUACAGGCACUCAAGACUCUUCGAGCGCUGACAGAUCGUGAUGAAAAUACACAAGAGUCAAGAGUCGAUACCAAUACGGGUCAACCACCAGCGUCCGGCGCUAGACCAGAACCUGUCUCUGGAGAUGAUCCAGGGCUGAUGGAGCAGGACAACUUUUGGGACACGGGUGACUUCAGCUGGGACUUUCCGGUUGAUUUUGAUAUGUCUCCCUUGGGCGCAUUUGACUACAUUAUGUCGGAUCAAGACUACUUUGGCGGAGGCGACUCAUUCCUCCCAAACAUGGUGUGA